AUGGCUUCAAGUUCUUCUUGGACAACAAAGCAGAACAAAAGGUUUGAGAAUGCUUUGGCCAUCUAUGACAAGGACACACCAGAUAGGUGGCAGAAGCUAGCAAAGGCUGUUGGUGGAAAAACAGUGGAGGAAGUGAAAAGACAUUAUGAGAUGUUGGUUGAAGAUUUGAAGCAGAUUGAAGAAGGUCAUGUUCCAUUGCCAAAAUACAGAAAUGCUCCAACCAUAGGAGGAGGUAGCAUUAAAAGUUACACUUUCUCAGAUGAACAACAAAGGUUGAAGUUUCUAAGCAUUCAAUGA